CACCCCAACUCCUCAUUUUAACCUUUUCACAUUCUGCAACUCAUCAACUGCAACUCGGACGUAUCCACAUCUUUAUACUCCCCCUUCUCACGUUUAUAUUGCUCCGAUCGCCGCAGUCAACGACAUCCACAAAUUAAAAUUCAUUUACCUUAUCCGAUAUCAUCGUAAAAAAGUCCUAGGCCAUCCCUAAGAAACAUUCAGCCUAGAUGGAGCGACGUCGUGAAGAAUUGGAAAGGAAGAGGCAGAAGCUGGCGGAGCUUAGAAGGGCACGCGAUGAGCGCAAAGGAGCAUUGUUAGUCGCUCAGCAAAAAGAGUCACUUACUAGUGGUGGAGCUCCUAGCACUCGUCGUGAGCUCGAGGACUUUGUUUCUUCUCUCAUAGAUAGACCUUCAACUCCUACAACGACUAUUGACGGAGGCUCAGAUGCUGGGUCAGACAAGGGUACUAGUACCACUACGACUGUCAUAUCCUCUCCUCCUUUCAGUUCAAGUGCUUCUCAACCAUUGCCACAAGCAUUGCCUCGUCUCAUACCUCAGUUUACUUCUGUCGAGACUGUUAUCUUCGAUAUUCCAUCAAAGGAGCGUGUCGUCUACAACAAGGAAGUUCAGACUGUUGAAGGCUCAUUCGAAGCGCAGGGGCCAUCUGAGGAGGAGAUCAGGGAGCAAAUCAAAGAGGAGUUUGCGCGGGAGGAGCAGCUGCGCUUAGAAAAACUGGAGGCGGAGCGUCUGGCUAAAGAAGAGACUGCUCCCAAGGAGAUUCCAGAGCUUACUGAUGAAGAGCGUAAAACCAUAUUACAGUCAACUGAGUUCAUUGAAUUUGUCGAUCACUCCUCUAAGAUUCUCGAGCGAGCUAUGAGUGAGAAAUACGAUUUUAUGAAGGAUUACACUUUGGGACUCGAUGACGAAGCAGAGGAUCUCAACGGAAAUAGGAUGCGACUUGUCUGCUCCUUCCAUGACGAUAAAUGGUCCAAGAACAGGUCUGUUACUGAUGUCGGUUGGUCUACCAAGCAUCCAGAGCUGAUCGUAUCCUCAUAUAAUAAGAACCCUUUGGCUGUCAACGAGCCCGAUGGUAUUGUCUGUGUUUGGAACGUUCACUUGGAUGAUCGACCCGAAUUUGUCUUCCACUCUCAGUCAGAUGUUCUCACGGUUCGAUUUUCUGACUUUCACCCGAACUUGAUUAUCGGAGGCACUUAUUCCGGACAAAUCUUACUUUGGGAUACACGCGCCAAGUCGCUGCCUAUCCUCAAAACCCAUCUUUCUGUGGGCGGUCAUACACACCCUGUUUAUGCUAUGGAUAUGGUUGGUACGCAGAAUGCACAUAAUCUAAUUAGUGUGAGUACAGAUGGCACCAUGUGCUCAUGGCAGUUGGAUAUGCUGGCACAACCACAGGAGACCAUCUCGCUCGACUAUCCUGCUCAUCACAUCACAGACGAGGUUGCAGUCACCACUCUCGGCUUCCCAGAUGGUGAGACAAAUGCUUUCUGGGUAGGUACCGAAGAAGGCGCAAUAUAUCAGGCAAAUCGAUACGCCCGUGCAGGAAGCCAAGCUGGAAUCAACGCAACCUAUUCCUACAAGGGACACUUUGGCCCAGUCACUGGUCUUCAUUUCCAUCCUUUGUUCGGACCUGUGGACUUCUCGGAUCUAUACUUAACAUGCUCUGUAGAUUGGACUGUCAAGCUGUGGCGCAAGCGAACUCAUGCUAAAACAACCACGGCUGAUAAUUCUGUUGUGCAUCCUCUGUACUCGUUUGAGACUGCAGAUGAUUACGUAUAUGAUGUGAAGUGGUCGCCUACACACCCUGCUAUCUUUGGUACAGUGGAAGGGACCGGCAAGUUUGACGUCUGGAACUUAAACAUGGAUACAGAGGUACCAGUCAUGAGUACAGUUGUGGGAGCAGGAAAGGCACUGAACAAAAUGAGCUGGAGCAAGGAUGGUCGUCAUGCAGCCAUUGGUUCAAGUGAUGGCCAUGUUUAUGUUUAUGAUAUUGGAGAGAUGGCGACACCACAUGCCGAGGACUGGAACGUUCUUCAGAGAACAGUAAAUGAAAUGAUAUCUACCCAAACACAUGGUAGCAUUUAUGCCAAUGAGUUCUAAGAUUGUCGAGUAUCCAUUUAAUAUUAGGUCACAUGAUACGCUUGAAUAAAAUACUGUGACUAUUUCUUUUCCAC